UCCAAACCUCUGGAGCUGGGAGAUAAAAACACGUCCAGCCGAAGCAUUAAACGCCUCGGUUACUUUCACAUCGAUAGAGCUGUGUGUGCUGGCGAAAGGUUAGCUAGCAGAUAUCCUGUGGUGACAAAUAAUUUUGGGAAAAAAUGGAUCGACUCACGCUUUGAGGGAUGAAAGAUCAUUUUUCUCCUUAACCCUUUCAACUCCGAGAUCUGCAAACAAUCGAGCAGAAGAUGAUGCGACAGGUGACAAGCAGUGACUUCUGCAUGAACAGCAGGCCGUCAUGCCUCGCAGAAGAUGGCCACCAUCCCACUCCCCACUUUGAACUGUGCACCUCCCAGCCCAACAAGUUCUACCCUCCUCCCCCUCCAUCAGCCCUACAGAUGACACUGGCUCCCAUGGCCUUGCCCACCCAAAGCCACAAGCCUAUGGUGUGCCAGAGACAGGAUGUGCUCGGGGGUGAUGCUCGCUCGCCUGGAAAAAUACCCGGCAUUAAAAACACAGAUCAAGCACCAGAUGACGGCAAAAAGAAGAGCAAGGCUGUAGGUAAGACGGGCAGACGUGGGAGGCCUUUGGGAACCACCAAGCUAGCUGGAUACAGGACCAGCACGGGGCGACCCCUUGGGACCACCAGAGCUGCAGGGUUCAAGACAAGCCCGGGAAGGCCGCUGGGUACGACUAGAGCGGCAGGGUAUAAGGUCAGCCCUGGGCGGCCUCCUGGCAGCAUCAAGGGCCUCUCUCGCCUCAACAAACUGGCUUAUGGUAGCACCUGCAGUGGGGCAGCUUUCCCCUACCCCAUCCCACACAAAGAGAUCCUCUGUGAACCGUCCUGCAAAGAGAAGACGGCUAAUGAGUAGACAUUUGACUCUGUCUCUAUUCAUCCUCCAAUAAGAGACGCAAGUGUACAGGUUUCCUGCCAGAUCCUGGGGUUGAUUGUGUGAUUUUUCCCAGACUGCUGCGAGGCAGUGAGGACGAGAUUUUCUAUUUUCGUGUUGGUGUCUUCUGUAUGCCUGCCACCUGAUAUAAUACUGUUAGUUUUCAGUGCUGCAGCUGGAGAUCAAAGUGAGUUAACUGUUUAAUUUCACUUUUUGGAGUCCAUAUACCAAGUAAAAAAAUGUUCCGGAUGUUUAUAAGCAAGGGGCUUUUAUUGUUCUAAAAACAGUUGUAAUUUUUCAUGACACAUUUAGUUUCAUUGUGCUUCAUGUAGCAUUUGAAAGAUCAAAACAUUCAUCUUUAUUUUUUAUUUUUUUGUUGUAAGGGACACGACCAUGAGAUGAUUAUGAGAUACAGCUGUGGGAAAUCUGCAUCCAAGGACAAACUUUACUUGAAUUUUCAUAUUAGCCAGAACAUUUUUGCUCCUGUUUUGCUCCUUAAACAGACACAACCCAAAGCAAGAGAGGAGAAAGACAAGGGACAAGCAGCAACACUUGCAACAGGGAGAUAUGUCUGAAAUUUUAAAAAAGGCUAUAUGUAGCACUUUUUAUGUGUCACAUU